AUGGCGACGACAGACGUCGAGUACUCGAGCGACUCGGAAUGGCUCGAUAUCUCCUCGAACAACGAGACGGGCAGCGACCUCGAGACCGACCUCAGCGACCUCGAUCCCGAGAUGGAAUCCGACCGCGAUCGAUAUCUGAACACGAGCAGGCCGCUAUCUAGGAUGUCGUUGGCGUCGAGCAGUGUCGACAGCGAGCGGGUGGAUCGAUGGGAAGGGUUGGUCGACGACCGUCUGGAGAUGAACGACGUCGCUACGGAGCGCAAGGCACCCUCGAACGAGCACCCAGUUCCCUGCGAACCCGCGGUGGACCAGCGCCAGUACGAGGACGUCGAGGACCAGAGGGUGAAGCAAGCGCUCGAUCAGAGCAUGAUCAGCACUCUCAGUUCGCGGCCCCAUUCACUCCAUUCCUCCCUGAACGAUUUGCGCUCUUCGCGUUCCUCCGCGCGCUCUAGUGACUUGCGAUUGUCUUUCCCAGACCCACUGACAUCGUCUCGAGGAAGCCAUGCCUCAUUCGGAUCGUUUCACGACGUCGCGAUGCCGACCAUGAGCCAGGACGAUACCGACUCGCCCGGCUUGUCCACGUUCGACGACGAAGAUGAUCUGACGCUCAAUACCAUCGAAUUCACCAGCGAUGCUUUCUCCUCGGACAAGGAGCAGGCUAACACGCUCACGAUUCUGCCCUCCCCCAAGUCCAGUGACAUUGCUACGCGACCUUUGCCGGUCGAUUCCACAUACCCUGUCACAUCUCGCAAGCAUGUAGCAUUCGCGUUCUGCAAGCUUGCCCUGAGCGACAGGCGAAACGUAGUCACGAUCUUGACCAUCCUCUCCGUGGUUCUGGGGUACAUCGUGAACGGGACCAUGAACCUCCAACCGUCGCCGACGCCUACUAUGACGAACCAAUCCUCAUCGACCGUGUCCGCGGCGCCUGCCUCUCGCCCCGAACUCAACGUUUCCGCGUCCACGCCGAGCGCUAACGCCGCGGGCCUUAUCCCUUCCUCACUGAAGGAGUUCGCCCUGGCUGUGUUCAACCCACAACCGUCACAUAUCAUCACAUCUGCCGCCGUGCCGGCCGGAUCAAGCUCAGGGUGUACAGACGCGGUUUCAGUCCGACCCUUUAGCUCGAUCUCCGUUGUACCCCAGACAUCAUCUUCGCUAGCUGUAGUGAAACCAUCCUCCGGCGAGCUGUCCGUGGUUUCGGAGGCAUCGACGUCUCUCUCCGUGAUCGGCAAGCCGUCGAGUGACCUAACGGUCAUCCCUACGAGGUCGAGCUCGCUCUCCCUCCCUUACGCCAUGCACACGUCCGUCCUCGAGGAAGAGGGACCCAGACAACGUGGUUUCGGCUCUGAUCACCUUCCUCGAGCGCAGAAGAACGCCAAGCGGCUCGUCAACGGCUUCAAGGCGCGGUUUUGGGACCAAGACACCGUGCAGGGCGCCGUGAUCGAAGCCGUGGGCGCGAACAUGGAAGAGCUGUUCCAAGCGCUCGAAGAGCUCGCGAACGCCAUCCGCCGACAGGCCCGGUACAUCACCCAGGAGUUUGCGGAGCUGCGCGAGCUCUCCGUCGUCGAGGCCGCGGUCCGCGUCGGGAAGGCCGGCCGCAAGUUCGUGAAUGCGGCGUGGGAGGACUCGAAGCGGGAGGUAGAAAACAUCAGGGAGGCCACGCGGCACGCGAAGGAGGUGGGGAUGGAGAUGAAGGAGGACUUCAAGCAGGUCCUUCGGAUGCGGCACCAGCGCGCCCGCGACAAUGCGAAGAAGAUCGUGGGGACGAUGAAGAGCAGGGCGCGACGAGGCGUUGGCAAUCUGCGGAACCGAGCUCGCGCUCAGGCUCGCCGCACCCGUCUAUCGGAAAGGAAGGUCCUAGCGUGGGCCUGA